GUCUUUGGAAGAAUGGUUGUUCAGAAAUGUGGUAACUGUGUCUGAAAGGCACUGCUCAAGCAAGAAUUUGUGGUGGAGAAUAAAAACAUAAUUCCAGUACUAUGUUGCGCAAGGUGCUGUACAACUGCAUAGGAAGCACUGCGCUGGAGUGGUUGUCACAAACCUUUCCGAGUAGAUGCAUUUUGUGUGUGUGUGUGUGUAGUUACCUGCUUUGUUGUUGAGCAAGCUUUUAUGGAAAAAAGUAGCUAAUCUGAGGAAAAGUUUUGGUUUGUUUUUUUAAAAAACAACAACAACAACAACAAACCCACCAAAAAACUUGCAGAGGGAAAGAGUUAAAGCCAUCUGCCUGAAAGCAUUGUGUAAAACAUACACACAGUGUUGGGGAAAUAAGCCAAUUAUGUGUGCUUCACAGGAGGUGGGGGACUGACCUUUGUGUAUAAUUAGUUCUUUUAUUUAAAGCAAAGAUUUUGAAUAGAAUAACUAAUUAGCUGUCAUAAAUGGCAAAUUGAAGAUUUUGGCCAGAUUCCUUGGGGAGUGUGGGAGGACGUCCCUCCUCCCACCCCGUACUGUACGCUCUGGCUCUCCUCAUUAGGGUUGUUUUUAGUUCUCUGCAGCGGUAAUGAGGAGUGCAGUGGCGGCACUUCUCGGAGCCCCCUCUAACAAGGCAUGAAAUGCAGGUGGAGGAGAACCGCCUUCAGCUCCCGACACUUUCACUUGGCACACGUGUGCCGAUGUUAUCCGUACAACCCAAAGGGAAGCAGAAGGGCUGCGCUGGCUGCAACCGGAAGAUCAAGGACCGGUACCUGCUGAAGGCUCUGGAUAAGUAUUGGCAUGAAGACUGUCUAAAGUGUGCCUGCUGUGACUGUCGUCUCGGAGAGGUCGGAUCAACUCUUUACACAAAAGCGAAUCUCAUUCUUUGCCGCAGAGAUUACCUGAGGCUCUUUGGUACCACCGGGAAUUGUGCUGCCUGCAGUAAACUGAUCCCUGCCUUUGAGAUGGUGAUGAGGGCCAGAGAUAAUGUUUACCAUUUGGACUGCUUUGCCUGUCAGCUCUGCAACCAGCGAUUCUGUGUGGGAGACAAAUUUUUCCUGAAGAACAACAUGAUCUUGUGUCAGAUGGACUAUGAGGAAGGGCAGCUGAAUGGCAGCUUCGAGUCCCAGGUGCUUUGACCUCCCAUGUAACGAAAGCGAUCGGAUUUGAAGCAUCUCCCGUAGAAAAGCUCUGAACUGUGUUCCUGCUGUGAUGCUUUGUGCAAUGAUUUUCAAGGUUAUGCAAUUCAUGUGCAACCCACUGGACUGUACCAAACACAUUUCUUUGUAUGGUGAGUGUCACUUUAAUACAGUGCACCAGUAGCUGUAAAGGAUGGCUGCAAUUCUAUUUAUUUUGUCAUCUUGCUUUUUCUUAGAUUUACCCCCCUUUCCUCUAAUAAAUAGACACCGAGUA